AUGUCUGACAAGUUAUUUACACAGUAAUAUUAAUGAAAACAAUAACAAUAAUAAUUGUUGUUGUUGUUAUUAAUAUGAUUAAUACAAAGUAAAGCCAAUAAGAGGUCUAAGAGAUAAAUUAUCGUAGCCACUGAUAACCGUGUUUUCCUCGUAAAGAUUGCACAUCAUUUAACAUAUAUAUACAUAUAUAUAUAUAUACAUAUAUAAAUAGCAAAUUCAUUCAUUUAUUUCAUUUUAUGACUUGUACUUAUAUCUAUAUUUAGAAUGAAAAUAUUUCCACACUAAUAAGUACAAGUCCAAGUAUAUAUAUGUUAAUAAAUCUAGAUACAUAAUAAGUAUAAAAACAGUAAAUGACUCGGAAGAUUAAAAAUCAAGCAAUAAGAUAGGGAUUAUUCAACCGAUCGACUUGCAGUAUCUAUAUUUAGACAUUCUAAAAAUAAAAAUCGGGUAAGAGCAACUUCACGUUUGGCUGGUUAAUCGGUGAAGGACCUUUAUACGUGUCCUUAUCAAGGAAUUCGGCUCUUGCUCAGUGUACCGGGUUUUAAGCAGCAAGAGCGGGGCUGGAGCUGGAUCUGAAGCUUCAGCAAGAGAAGUAACUAAAUUGAAGUGAGGGUUGAGACGGGGAACUUGAACCUGGGAUGAACGAGGACAGGAAUAUGUUUUGAAUAAUAAAAUUAAAGUGAGAUAAGGUUGAAUAUGUAUUAUAAGGAAAGGACGACGUGAGUUCCUGGUCAUGGGUGGCGAUGGUGGUGGUGAUGAUAAUGCAGAGGCGUGUGUAUGGUUGACUGGGUUCCCUAUCAUACGAAUGUGUAUCGUCGUGUAUGCCGGCAUUAGCCAAGCCAUUAACAAACUUGACAUGCACCCGGGAAAACAUGUUUAAUGAGCACGUCUUAGUUGUUCAGCAUAAACGCUUGUCCGUUCAUUCCUUCAUUCGUUCACAGUUCCCCUUGAGUACUUAUAAAACCCCGUGAAACCUUUUGCAGACCAACACUAGUCCUUCGAGCAUCCUGCCGUAAUCAUCACCGUACUUACCACCAAAAUAACACUUACAAGGUUCUCUUAUCGAUCAUUAUCAAUACGAUGUCCACGUAUCGGUGUAACGUUACUGCAAUUUUGCUGGUCGUGGGAUUACUAGUAAUUAAUUUUACAAAAGGGCAAUCUGAUAAUUUUCCAUAUGGAGAAAAACGUCAAGAGGGCAGUGCAACACAUUACUGUGGAAAACGUCUGUCAAAUGCCUUGCAAUUAUUUUGUAAUGGUGUUUACAAUUCAAUGUUCAAAAAAAGUGGAUUAGAAAUGGAAAUGGACGAUUAUCCAUAUGCAUACGAUUAUCCAUUAAGAUCACGAGCAAGCGCUAAUGCAAUGAUGGGACGAUUUGGAGGCGCGAGAUUUAGACGAGAAUCACGUGGUGUACAUGACGAGUGUUGUGUUAAGCCAUGUUCUAUUCCAGAAUUAAUGAGCUAUUGUGGUAAUUAAAUUAAAAAAUAAUAAUUGAUACGGAAGAAGUUCAUCAUCUUUCACAUCAUUGCUGUCGUCACGUAACAUCUAUUAUAUAUAUACAUAUACAUAUAUAUAAUUUUUUUUUAGUCGAAAAAUAAUAAUUUAAAAUUAGGGUAAAAUACUCAGUUCCCGCCAUUUAAUUUAAAAAAAAAUUUUUUACCAAAAAAACCCGAAAUUUAGAAAUAAAUUCUACAGUUGAAAAAAAUUCAGAGUAAAUUGAAAAUUUUUAUCAGCGAAGUUAAUUUUGGAUUAAUUAGAAUUUUCAAAUCAUAUUCAAAUCUAUCGGAAUUUAUGUUUUCUAUAAAUUUAUGUUCAAUUUUCUUAAUUUCAAUGCAAAGUCAUAAAUAAGUAAUUAACUUAUUAAAAAUUUUUACUUUCCGUGGAAUUUUUUUAUGAAUAAUAUAAAUAAAAUUUUUUUUUGUAUUAUUUUUACUAUUUUACAGAUGAUCUUUAAUUAAAAAAAAAAAAAAGUAAUUAUUAAACUUUCAAUAAUUUAAAAUUUGCUCACUAAAUAAAAUUUAUCAGAUAAUUAUUUCUGCGUACAGAGUUGGAUACUGAUAGAAAAAUGGCAAUCGGGUAUCUUACCGUAAGAAUUAUAAUUUAUGAUAAUAAUAAAUAAAUGACAUGACGAUAAGCGAAAGAUCUCAAUCAAUAAGCUAAUAAUUUAAAAAUUGCUCUAUUUACGUCCAUAGCUAGUCUAAUUAUUCUGCUCUCUUUCUUUAAUUUAAACCUCUCAUAUUUUAUAAUUUACAAUUAAUUAUGGUUUAACUAAAUUAUAUAUUAUAUUAAAU